GUUAAGUCGCCAGGAAUAGAGACAGUGAUCAUCGGGCUCCCUGAUUCCUAUACCAGUGGUGUUUCAUACACAAACUGACUGGGGACAUUUGUCAAGAAAAACAAGCUUCCUUCGGAUUAAUCUACAACGACCUAACGGACGCCAUGGGAGAGGCCGAGACCCGCCAGAAAUUGCUGCGCAAUGUGAAGAAAGAGGUGAAGCAGAUCAUGGAGGAAGCGGUCACGAGGAAGUUUGUCCACGCAGACAGCAGCCACAUCAUAUCGUUCUGCACUGCGGUGGAGGCGUGUCUGCUGCACGGGCUGAGGCGGCGGGCGGCGGGCCUGCUGUGCAGUAACAAGGUGGCCGCGCUCUUCAUGAAGGUGGGAAAGAGCUUCCCCGCCGCUGAGGAGCUGUGUCACAAGGUGCAGGAGCUGGAGCAGCUGGCGGAGAACAACAAGCACAACAACACCCCCCUCAGCAACGACCGCAGCAGGCAGUCCAAGCCGGCCCACGUCCCGCCGCAGGCCCUGAGACACCUCUGGAUCCGCACAGCACUCAUGGAGAAGCUACUGGACAAGAUUGUGGUGUACCUGGUGGAGCACAGCAGCUCGUUGUAUGACAGAGAAGCCAUGCUGCUGGACCCUGUGGACGGCCCUGUCCUCGCCUCUCUUCUAGUGGGACCCUGUGCCCUGGAGUACACCAAGGUGAAGACCGCGGACCACUUCUGGACCGACCCGUCGGCCGAUGAGCUGGUGCAGCGCCACCGCAUCCACAGCGGCCACUGUCGGCAGGAGUCCCCGUCCAGACGGCCCGCCCUGAUCCAGAAGAGACAGUCGAGUGGCAGCAUGGACGACCGGCCCCUCAUGUGGGCCAGAGAUUACGUGGAGUCUCUUCAUCAGAACUCCAGAGCCACGCUGCUCUUUGGCAAGAACAAUGUCCUGGUGCAGCCAAGAGAUGACAUGGAGGCCAUCCCCGGCUACCUUUCCCUGCACCAGACGGCUGACCUCAUGACUCUGAAGUGGACCCCGAAUCAGCUGAUGAACGGCAAUGUGGGAGAAUUGGACUCCGAGAAAAGUGUAUAUUGGGACUUUGCGAUGACAAUUCGUCUUGAAGAGAUUGUCUAUCUCCACUGUCAUCAACAAGUGGACAGUGGUGGAACUGUGGUGCUGGUGAGCCAAGACGGGAUCCAGAGACCGCCGUUCCACUUCCCUAAAGGGGGUCAUCUGCUGCAGUUCCUCACCUGUCUGGAGACCGGCCUGCUGCCCCACGGACAGCUGGACCCCCCGCUCUGGUCCCAGAGGGGCAAGGGAAAGGUGUUCCCCAAGCUGCGCAAGCGGAGCCCCCCCGGGUCCUGUGACUCGGUGUCGGACAAGGAGGAGGAGGAGGCCACCGACUACGUGUUCCGCCUCCUCCUACCCGGGACACAAAUGGAAUUUGUAGCUACAGAGAUGGUGGACCCGUCGGUCAACUUGUGGCAUCCCGUCCCGAGGAAGUCUUCCUGCUCUUCCUGUUCCCAGAGCGGAUCGUCAGACGGCUCUCUGCCAAACGGGUGCAACCAAGACAGGGCUCCACUGAAGCUCCUCUGUGACACCAUGAAGUACCAAAUCAUCUCUCGUGCCUUCUAUGGAUGGCUGGCGUACUGUCGUCAUCUGUCCACCGUCCGGAUCCAUCUCUCGGCGCUGGUCAACCACUCCAUCGUGGACCGGAACGCCCCCAGCGACGCCCGGGGAGGUCUCUCCGUGGAGAUCUGGACCAGCUUCCUCAAGGAUUGUUCUAACUACCAGGAGCAGGACAUUUACAGGCUUGUGUAUUUCGGCGGCGUGGAUCCGACAUUGCGCAAAGAGGUGUGGCCCUUCCUGCUGGGCCACUACCACUUCACCAUGACGGAGAAGUGCCGGACGGAGGUGGAUAAAAACAUGCAGACGGCUUAUGGCGUGACCAUGAAGGAGUGGCAAGGCUGUGAGGCCAUCGUGCGGCAGCGGGAGAGGGAGAAGCACGCCGAGGCCGUGGCAAGGUGCUCCUCAGGGGCCAGCGUGGAGAAGGGGCCCCUGAAGAGAGAGUCCACCAUCAGCACAGAUUACUCUCAGGGUAGCAGCUCAGCACAGCAGAACGCCCGCUCACAGAGUGACUCCAGCAGUAGCACACAGGUUUACGGAUCGGUUGAAGACAUGGAUCAAAUGGAGUCAGAGCCCAGAUCUGAGGAAGGCGAAGUCAAAGACGUCAAAGUGGACACUGCUGACCCUAAAAUACCUCCCCCUUGCGACCCCUCUUCUCCAGCUCUGUCCGAGAAACUUCAGGAUUUAGACGUCAAUAUUUUUGUAUCCGGUGCAUCUGUUGGAUCUACCGUCUCCCAGCUGUUGCCAGGCUCAGCAGAGCCUCCCGGCAAAAGUGUCAGCGAGGAAACAAAGUCUGGACUAGAGAUCACAGACACGCAACCUGCUGUCCACCAAUCACACGGCGAGAACGUUCCCAAGACCCCAGCACCGAAGGACAUCACCAGUGACAUCGCCGAAGUCUCGGGAAAUGAAAAGGUUGAGGGUGUCUCCGAAGUCAACACCGCCGCUGAGGGGAAGUGCACUGAGGGCGAACCCUUGAACAAACCCGAGUUGGGCACGGAGAAAGUCACGUCACCGAAAACGCCGGUCAAGGUGAUCCCCGCGGGCAAGACCCCGACGAGAGCAGAACCGGAGAACAUGAAUGUAUUAACGCUGGAGAAGGAAGUGCACAACGAGUACUUCCAGGCCCCCCUGCUGGGACAGUCCUUGGCCCUCAAAGCACAAGCGGGCAAAGACCUGGCGCUGUCUCUCCGCAGAACGGGGGAUACAACCCCGGACGUAGUCACGGCGGACCCCGACAAAUCCCCUCUCCCGACCCCCACCAACGAGCCGGAGGGAGAGGACACCGACGCCGACAUCUCCGAGCUGUCGGAGCCCAAGAAGGACAAACCCGGGGAGCUCCUGUACGACCGGCCGGGCUCCGACUCGCCGGUGCGGCAGGUGCUGCUGAACGCGCUGCAGACGGCCUCCAGGGGGAGCCUGUCACUCGCGUCCCACUGCAAGCAGUCCUCGGACACGGCCGACUCGGACGACUCCCCCUCGGCCCUGGAGAUGGAGGACAUCCCCACGGGCAUCACCUGCGUGAGCUCCGGGGACGGCCGGCCCGGGACCCUGAUCAGCCUGGCCGCACCGCCCCUGUCCCGCAUCCGGAUGAGACUGCUGGACGGCCCAGCAAGCGAGAGGGUCCCGGUCGGCUUACCGGACGCCGGCGCGAACACCAGCCCCGAUGGAACGGAGGCGGGCCUCUCUGAGGACGAGGAGGAGGGAGAGCCGCAGAUGGAGAGCCUGCCCACGAGACAAGUGGCGGUAGAGGAGGCGUCUGUCGUCUGUCCGGAAAGCUCCGGCGAUGGGCCGCUCUCGUCGUCUGGGGAAAGUGCCUACACGCAAGAGCAGCUAGACAUGUAUCUGCUGAACUUGCAUCGCAUCGAUAAGGACGUGAGGCGGUGCGAUCGGACGAAUUGGUACUUCACCCCCGCCAACCUGGAGAAGCUACGCAACAUCAUGUGCAGUUAUGUUUGGAAGCAUUUGGACAUUGGUUAUGUCCAGGGGAUGUGUGACCUUCUCGCUCCGCUGCUGGUCAUACUGGAUGACGAGGUGCUGACGUUCAGCUGCUUCACAGAGCUCAUGAAGAGGAUGAAUCAGAACUUCCCUCACGGGGGAGCGAUGGACUCCCACUUUGCCAACAUGCGCUCCCUCAUCCAGAUCCUGGAUUCUGAGCUGUUUGAACUGAUGCAGCAGAACGGAGACUACACCCACUUCUACUUCUGUUACCGGUGGUUCCUACUGGACUUUAAAAGAGAAAUGGUUUACGAUGAUGUGUUUUCGGUGUGGGAAACCAUCUGGGCAGCAAAGUACACCUCUUCUGACCACUUUGUUCUCUUCAUCGCCCUGGCGCUCGUCGAGAUGUACAGAGACAUCAUCCUAGAGAACAACAUGGACUUCACCGACAUCAUCAAGUUCUUCAACGAGAUGGCUGAGCACCACAGCGUGCCCAAGGUCCUGUCGCUGGCUCGUGACUUGGUGUACAAAGUCCAGGCGCUCAUAGAAAACAAGUGACGACGCACGCCCCUACUCACUACUCUGUGCUAUCAUCAUCGUGUGUGCCAAGUUGUGACAAAAAAGAGGUUCUAGUGACACAAUCACAUUAUACUCAUGUACUCUAAGAGGAAUGACAGAAACACAGACGACUCCACAGGAAGAUUUGUUACCACAGCUGAGUAUUCUGCAGUAGUCAUGAAGCAGUUUUUUCGGUUGCUAGUUCCUUUUUCAGGUGACACAAUUAUUUCUGGGAAGUGUAUAAAUGUGCGUGUGCUUUUGUUCACUCGGUGAAUGGGACCUUGUUAAAAGAAAAAUCGCUUCAGGACAUUCAUUAUUUUACCUUAGAUUGAGCUAUGUGUUCAGGGAUAGCGUUACCAAAUGAUUCAGUUAUUUUUGUUCAGUUCUAGCAGAGCUAUUAGAGAGAGAGAGAG